AUGGUGGAGGCGCCCAGCCUGGUCAUCUCGCCGAUAGGAGGCGUGGGCAAGCACGGUGUCCGGCUGGGAGCAGACGCCGGCGGCCUGGAUGGCCUAGUAUUCAGCGGAGCGCCGGAGCCGCAAGCGCCGUCCAUGGCCGGGCCCCGCACCGUCAUCGACCGAGGCAGCGGCGGCAUUAAUCGGGAGUUGGGGAGCGGCUCAGAGGAGGAGCGGCAUCUCCAACAGCCCCUCUCUUGCAUCCGUGCACGAGGGGAUUCCCAAAUAGAGCUGAGCUGGGGCGGCGCAUGCCUGGAGUACCGUGGUUGCCGGAGGCGGGGACGGAGGCUUAGCAGGGGACCGGCGGCGCGGUUCUUCUACGUGAAGGACGUGGGAUCUCCGGCAAGCACAAGGGUGUUGCCUCCCUUCAAGGAUGGGCCCGCAGCCAAGACCUCCGCCAGGAACGCCAACCCGCACACCUCCGACUUCCCAAAGAUCAAGAAGAUGGCCAAGCGGAUCUCCAAGCUAGUGAGCUCCGGGCUGACGGGGAAGGAUCUAACCAUGACUUGGUUUACUCUCACGCUUGCGGCCACGACAUCUACAUGGCAUUGGAAAGGGAAAUGCAAGAAGCUCAACGCAAAGAUUGCAAGCCAAUUGAUCCAAAACCGUCUUGGUUUCAAGCCCGUCAAUGGCGAUACAAAGAUUCCCGAAUCAGCAACUCAUGGACAUGUUGGGUUUGAUCAAGCUAUUGUCAAGGAGCUCAUUGCUAAAAUGAUAAUGGUCCAUGAGUACUCAUUUAGGAUGGUCGAGCAUGAGUGGUUCAACAUUGUUUUGAAGUACUUGAAUCCACUCUAUACAUCCAUGGGAAGAAAGGCAAUCCGAGCCGAGUGCAUGAGGGUCUACAAGAAAGAAAAGGAGAGGCUGAAAGUAGCACUCCAGGAGGUGGAGUACAUUAGUCUCACUACAGAUCUGUGGACUAGCAAUCAGACCAUUGGCUAUAUGUGUGUGGUGGCGCACUAUAUAGAUAGCGAUUGGAAGAUGCAGACCCGUGUGCUUGCUUUCAUGGAGUUGGAUCCACCUCACUCUGGACAUGUGAUUGCGGAUGCUGUUUGGGAUUGUGUGACUGAUUGGAAAAUAGAGAACAAGGUUAUUUCCAUCACACUAGACAAUGCUUCAAACAAUGAUGUUGCUGUCAAAGAUUUGAAGGCAAAGUUCAUUUUCCGGCGUUGCAAACAAUUUGAGGAGGUCUAUUUCCAUGUCCGGUGUUGUGCACACAUCGUCAACUUGGUGGUGCAAGAUGGGACAGCAUGUAUGUCUAGUUUGAUCUUGAAUUUGAGGGAGACAGUGAAGUACUUCAAGAAGUCAACUAGUCGGUUGCACAAAUUUGUUGAUAUUUGUAGAGGUUUAGCUCUCACUAUCGGUUCUCAUUUGACCCUUGAUGUUUGCACAAGGUGGAGUUCAACCUACAAGAUGAUAGCUACUGGCCGUCCAUAUAGAGAGGCAUUGAAAGAUUAUGCCAAGUCAGAUCUGAACUACAAGUGGGAGCCUACAAGUGAUGAAUGGAAGAUGUAUGAGCUUAUUGAGCCAAUGCUCUUUGCGUUCGCUCAAGUAACUACCGCAUUUUCAGCACAAGCGUAUCCCACAGCAAACAUAUUCUACCGCCACAUUGUGAGUAUCAAGAUUGCAUUGAGAAAAGCCAUUGCUCAUCGGAACCCAACUUAUAAGGCUAUGGGAGAAGCUAUGAUGGAGAAGUUCAACAAAUAUUGGGAGGAAAAGAACAAUGUCAUGGUGCUUGCUACAAUCCUUGAUCCAAGGUACAAGAUGUUCUACAUAGAUUGGGCCUUCAAAGAACUCUAUGACGAAGACACGGCAAUUGAUGAGAUAUCUGAUGUGCAUGUGGAGUUAGAGGAGUUGUUUGAUAAGUUUGAUACCGCAAAGAAGAUGGCCGAGAAAUCAACCACACCAUCCUCCAACAUUUGCAUUACUAGUAGCUCAAUGCCCGCAUCGGAUAGUGCCUUCCAAACCCACCGAAGAAACACCACAACAAAAUCAUCAAAGAGUGAACUAAGGAACUACCUAGAAGAUGCGCUUGAGGAUCCAAAUCCCAAAUUCAUCUUGCUUGAUUGGUGGAAAGUGAAUUCACUUAGGUACCCGGUGUUGUCAAAGAUGGCAAGGCGGUUCUUGACUAUCCCGGCUAGUUCCGUGUCAUCGGAAUCAACUUUUAGCACCGGUGGAAGGGUUUUAGAUGACUAUCGUAGUUCUCUAAAGCCGGCUAUGGUGGAGGCAUUGGUUUGUGGUGCAAGCUAUAUUAAGGGUUCCCAUAGUGACUUGAAUGUGAUGGAGAAGGAGGAAGAUGAUGAGGAAAAUGUGGAGACCGUCAAGUUGCCUAAGAGUGCGACAAAUAUCAACUAUUGACUAUCGUGUCAUGCGGAUGUUACUACAAUGGAGUUGGAGAAUGGAGAAGGAUGAUGCUCUUGCUACAAUUUAAACUUUCUCUUAUUUUGGUUGUGUUGGACCUUGAAAACUAAGAGAGUGGAUGUUACUCCAUUUUAUUUGUGUUUGAACUUGGAACCUAAGUUGUAACCGUUGUCAAUGUCGACUAUUAUCUAAGACACUAUUAUCUAUCA